AUGCAGGCCACGUAUUACUUGGGGUUCGAUUCAGCCCUGAAUUUGUUUGGGCCUUUUACGAGCAUCGAAAAUGUUUUAAAUGCAGACUCGCCGAUGAAAGAACAAACGAAGGACGCCCUUGUACAUUCACCCUACCCAGUCGGCGAUAUAUCGAAGAGAUCGUUCGACUCAAUAUCGAAAGAUUUUCUGGAGAAUUUGCCAGAAACGUCAUUGCAGUAUCUCACCGGAUUCGGGAAUGAGUUUGCCUCCGAAGAUCCGCGCUGCCCAGGAUCUCUUCCCGAAGGACAGAAUAACCCCCAAGACUGCCCCUACGGUCUGUACGCCGAGCAACUCUCGGGGACUGCGUUCAUGACGCCAAGACAAACAAACAGGAGGAGCUGGCUUUACAGAAUUUGCCCGUCCGUGCAGCAUCCUCCGUAUUCGCAGUACCCGACUAAAACCACCAUUGACUGGAGCGCCAAUAAGCCGAAUCCCAGCCAGAUGCUGUUUAAGCCUUUCGACAUUCCGGAUCCAACGAAGAGUGCCGUCGACUUCGUGGACGGAUUGAACACAUUCUCCGGCGCCGGAGACCCCAAAACGCGCCACGGAAUGGCCAUUCACAUCUACUGCUGCAACACGUCCAUGAAAGACAAGGCAAUGUCUAAUGCGGACGGAGAUUUUAUGAUCAUGCCACAGCAAGGCGCUUUGUUCAUCUUGACUGAAUUUGGGAAGCUCCGCGUGGAGCCUAACGAGAUCUGCGUCAUUCAGCAAGGCAUGCACUUUCAAGUGCACGUGAGUGGACCGAGUCGUGGAUACGUGUUGGAAGUGUACGACAACCAUUUCAUCCUGCCAGACUUGGGACCUAUAGGAGCCAACGGACUGGCCAACCCGAGAGAUUUCAAGACACCGACAGCCUGGUUCGAAGAUCGGGAAGUGAGCAAUUUCACCCUCGUCAACAAAUACCAGGGCCUGUUCUUCCAGACCAUCCUGGACCAUUCUCCUUUUGAUGUGGUGGCCUGGCACGGAAACUACGUGCCUUACAAAUACGACCUGGCCAACUUUGUGGCCGUCAGCUCGGUGUCCUUUGAUCACAGUGAUUCUUCCAUCUUCACCCUUCUGACCUGUUCGUCCGCAAACCUCGGAAAGGCGCUCGUCAAUGUAACCAUCUUUCGACCACGUUGGUCUGUGGCAGAUCACACCUUCAGGCCUCCUUUUUACCACAGAAACAGCAUGAGUGAGUUCAUGGGACUGAUCUCCACUGAAUACAAACUCGGUGAGAAAAGGUUCCAGCCCGGAGGUGCCACAUUUCACGGCAUGAUGGCUUCUCAUGGUGUGGACGCCGAGUGGUACGAGUACAACAGGACAGUCGAACUGGUCCCAAAGCGCGUCGGUGAAGGAUCUAUGGCGUUCAUGAUCGAGAGUUCGUUGAACAUGACGGUGACCAAGUGGGCCGAACACGACUGCGGAAAGCUUGACCCGGACUACUACAAGGAAUGGCAGCGCAUGGCCAAAAAUUUCAACCUCAACUGGAAGCCUCCCAAGAAACAGUAGACGGAGGAACACCGUCUUUUUCCCUAGAGACGGAAGACAAAACUUCG